AUGACUUGGUAUAAAAGUUUGCCAGGCAAAUCCAUCACAUCAUGGAGGGUGCUCGGAAAACUUUUUUCCAGACAUUUCACGGCCUCCCGAAGACAACAAAAGUCAGAAGCCUCCUUGGAAGCCAUUAUCCAAGGAAAGGACGAGUCUCUACGGGCGUACAUAGAAAGAUUCAAUAAAGAAGCCGUACAGGUAUCCACAACUGCCCAUAUGAAGAAGUUCUUGCUCGAGCGCGGCCUCAGACCACGCUCGGACUUCGCUAAAGCCGUCGGAAUUGAAACACCAGCCACUCUUGAAGAAUUCUUCCUCAAAGCCCAAGCAUACAUUCAAUAUGAGGAGAAAGAAGCCGCACACGCCAUCCGCAAUUCCAGGCACGAAGAGAGCAGUAAAAAUGUGCGCCAAGAUGAGUCUCGCCGGGGAACUGACAAAAAGAAAGAUGAUAAAACUCGGGACCCCAAGGACUACAAAGCCCCUGCGGGGAAAUUCCGAGAGUACACCCCGCUGAACGCCUCAAGGGAGUGCAUCUUGAACGAAUGCGCAAACUCCGAGUUUCAGACGGGCAAGGUCCGAUUCCCUAAAAGCAUACCCGCCCGGCCAAACGUUGAUAAAUCGAAAUUCUGCAGAUUCCACAAAGGCCACGGGCGCAACACCGAAGAUUGCAUCCAUCUUAAGGAUUCCAUAGAGAUAUUAAUCAGGGAGGGACAUCUGAAACAGUAUGCGAAGAAGCAGGAGGCCACUAGAGAAGCUAAACCAGUCACUGAGGAAAAACCGGCGGAAGAUACGCCCGCCAUGCAAGUGGCCAUGAGCGUUACAGGCCGGAAGAUUUUUACCUCCUUGACUGGGCCCACGCAGCAACCACCUAUUCCCCCCAUAGCACAUGGGAAAGGUUCCCGUCCGCAAUGGUUAUAUCAGGCGGGGGUUUCAGCAAACUGA